AUGAGGUGUCUCCUGCUGGCCCUGAGCGUGGCCCUGGCCUGUGGCGCCCCGAGCAUCUUUGUCCCUCAGACCGGGGAGAAUGUGGACGUCCAGAAGGUCGUUGGGACAUGGUACCCCAUCGCCAUGGUGGCCAGCGACAUCGCCCUGCUGAACACUGAGAGCGCUCCUCUGAGGCUGUACGUCAAGGAGCUGAAGCCCACCGCCCAGGGCGGCCUGGAGGUCACCGUGCGCAGAUGGGGGGACGGCAGCUGUGUCGAAACAAAGAUGCUCGCAGAGAAAACCGACGUUCCCGCCUCCUUCCGGAUCAGCAACCUCAAGGACGGCAACGUGGUCCCUAUUCCAGAGCUGGCUGAGGGCAAAGUCCACCUGCUGGACACCGACUACAAGAACUUCAUGUUCCUGUGCACGGAGGCCGCCGCCUCCGUCGCCUCCGCCGCCUCCGCCAAGCAGAUCCUGGCCUGCCAGUACCUGGGUGGGCGCCUGGCCCCAGCCUUCCUGAGCCAGAGGGGGAGGCCCCAGGGUCCCGUGGGGAGAGGGUGGUGGAAGUCUGCGGCCGUGGCUGGCCGGUGA